UACCAUAUUGUGCUUUUUUCGGGCUGAGAUGGGGCAGAGCCUCGCCCCGGACUGGGCCCAGUGCCAUUUUUAGCUCAACUGACGUUUAUUUUUCCUGUUGGCUGUUGCUAAUUAUGGCGAAGAAGGUUUAGGGAGGGAGGAUUGAAGAAGACCGUAUCUCCAAUUUCUGCCAGAGUCCAUGUUUUUGUUUUUGUGAUAGAAGCCUCUGUGAGGGGAUCCAGGAGAAGGCUUCUGAAGGGUAAAAUCAGUAAUCACUUGUACUGUGAAAUAUCAGCCAAAAGAGUUAAGGCAAAGAGAUUUUGAACCCCAGGAACUGUGCUUGUUCCUUCUCUUUAUAUAGAACUUCGGAGUAAUAAUAGUGGAAUUGUGAUUGCCUGAUUGGGGGGUGAGAAAGAAUCAUGGAGAGAGAGGUGUUGGAGUCAGAUUUAGUAUUGCCGACCCACUUGAAGUUCAAGAAGGUUCAGAUGUAUGAGAAGUACCCUAAGGGUCAAUCCAGGGGAAGGCAUUGGAAGCAUCUCAAGCAGAUUCUCCAGGCUGAAAAUUACAACAACUAUCCUCCUGAUGAACCCAAUUAUGUCAAUAUUGAGACACCACCUUCAAUGCAUCCGCCCAAGAGAAUUUGUGAUUUUACAGGAUAUGAGGCACCUUAUUCUGAUCCAAGGACCAACAUGCGUUAUGCAAAUGCUGAAGCCUUUAAGCACAUAAGGUCACUUUCUAAUGAUUAUGUGCAGCAGUAUCUGGGUCUUCGAAAGGCUGCUGUCGUCCUCAAGUAGUUUUGCACUACUUUCUUUGAGCAAUCUGGUGUUUAGCUACUUGCCCAUUGUCUGGAGCCGAUGAAGAAGAUUAUGGACUUUUGCCUGCAGAACUUUGUCCGUUACAAAGUAAUGCAAUUUGUAAAUCAGGUGGCUGAUACUAUGCAUCUGAUUCUCGAGUACACGUUACUGCAUUACUAUUAGUUAGUUGGCUAAUUGCUCAGCUAUAUCAACUGUAAAGGACUAACGGCUUAUUUUCGAAUGAAAUUGUUUUUCCUGCUAA